UACAUCGGAAUAAAAAAAGAAACAUUAUCCAAGAAUUAAAGAUACGCAUGAUAGGUGGAGUUGUAUCUGUAAUUGUAAUUGCAAGGGAAUGGCUCUUUUUCUCAACAAUGUUGCCUUCUCUUCCACUCACAAACCUCUCUUGAGGUCAACACCUUCCAUUUCAAAUCCCAAGCAAAACCUCCAAAUCUCUCAAAAACUCACAUUUUCAUUGGCUGAAUCCGUCUCUAGUGCCACCCUCGUUGCUCUUCUCUCUGCUUCUCUCUUCUUUGUUCAUCCUGCACUGGCAUUCAAGGGUGGAGGGCCAUAUGGGCAAGGAGUUACUAGGGGACAAGAUCUUUCUGGGAAGGAUUUCAGUGGGAAGACACUCAUCAAGCAAGACUUCAAAACGUCCAUACUGAGACAAGCCAAUUUUAAAGGUGCAAAAUUGUUAGGUGCUAGCUUCUUUGACGCUGAUUUAACAGGUGCUGAUCUUUCGGAUGCUGAUCUUAGAAGUGCAGAUUUUUCCCUGGCAAAUGUGACAAAGGUAAAUUUGAGCAAUGCUAACUUGGAAGGUGCACUUGUAACGGGAAAUACAUCUUUUAAGGGAUCAACUAUUACAGGCGCUGAUUUCACUGAUGUGCCACUAAGAGAAGAUCAACGCGAAUACCUCUGCAAAGUUGCCGAUGGGGUGAACCCAACAACUGGAAAUGCAACGCGUGAGACAUUGCUGUGCAAUUAGUACUCCAUUGCCGAGUAUCAAACUGUAACUUUUGAAUUUAUUAAAUAAAUUAUUUCAUUAAAGUCAAAUAUAGUGUAUAUCAUGUCAAAGGUGAGGUUAUCUUUCCACUAUGAAAGAAAAUAAAAUGUUGUGUUGCAUGUUAGGUGUCAUAGAUCAUUCCUUGAUUCGUAACCUUGUCAUCCCUUCUGAUGAUUUGUUAAUCACCUAAUAUGUAUUAUAAUUGAUUAUUUUAUACUCACUAUAAUGGAAAGUUCAACACAAUAAUUUUAAUACA